AUGGUGGCGUUCUCAACUCUUUCGGGGCUCAGUGCCCUUCCCUUCCUGUUUUCUUUAGUUCAGAAUGUGUAUGGUGUCUCUCUAGAGGUUUCCACUGAGAAAGGAAACUCUUCCAGCCCCAUUCUGUAUGGCUUCAUGUUCGAAGAUAUUAACCACUCCGGCGAUGGAGGCAUUUAUGGACAGCUGUUGCGCAAUAAUGGCCUGCAGGGAAGUAAUCCCGACCUGACUGCGUGGGCUGCCGUCGGCGAUGCCACUAUCGCCGUUGACACGCAGAACCCCUUGACCGAAGCCAUCCCGCAUAGUUUGAAACUUGAUGUCAAACAGGGCGCAUCUGGUGCUGUCGGAUUUACCAACGAAGGCUACUGGGGGGUCCCAGUAGAUGGGAGCGAGUUUUUAAACACUUUUUGGAUCAAGGGUGACUUCUCCGGCGACAUCACGGUCCGACUGGUAGGGAACAACACAGGUACAGAGUAUGGCUCGACGAAGAUCUCGCAAUCUUCGAACUCAGGCAACUUUACCCAGGUCACGGCAAAGAUUCCUACCAAGAAGGCCCCUGAUGGUGCUGUGCUCUAUGAGCUCACGCUUGACGGAGCAUCCGUUGGUGGUUCCUCAUUAAACUUUGGGCUCUUUGAGCUUUUCCCUCAAACGUACAAGUCAAGGUCUAAUGGGCUGAAACCUCAGGUGGCUCAGCCUUUGGCAGACAUGAAGGGAUCUUUCUUGCGAUUCCCUGGAGGUAACAAUCUCGAGGGCGCGAGUGAAGCUUUGAGAUGGAAGUGGAAUGAGACGAUCGGCCCCGUGGAAAACCGCCCCGGACGCAAGGCGACUGGACAUACUACAACACGGACGGACUGGGCCUUGAUGAGUAUUUUUACUGGUGCGAGGAUAUGGAACUUACCCCAGUCCUGGGUGUAUGGGCUGGCUUUGCACUUGGGUCCGGUGUACGUUCUUGGCGAUUCGAGCACAGAAUAUGGCUCCCUUCGUGCGUCGUACGGGCGCAAGGAACCCUGGAAACUUACCAUGGUCGAGAUCGGUAACGAGGAUAUGCUAGGUGGCGGCUGUGCAUCCUACGUAGAGCGUUUUACUGCUUUUUACGAUGCGAUUCACGCUGCCUAUCCGGAUCUCACCAUCAUCGCCAGCACUGACCAAUCAUCCUGUCUGCCUAGUAAGCUGCCGGAAGGCGCUUGGGUGGACUAUCAUAACUACAAUACUGCCGAUAACCUCGUGAAGCAGUUCAGUCAAUUCGAUAACAAGGACCGAUCCGUCCCGUACUUCAUCGGGGAGUAUUCGUGCCAGCAGGACAAUGCCUGGCCCUUCAUGCAGGGAUCCGUUGCUGAGGCCGUGUACAUGAUCGGCAUUGAGAGGAACAGCGAUGUCGUCAAGAUGGCAGCGUAUGCUCCCCUUUUGCAACUGGUGAACUCUACCCAGUGGACGCCGAAUCUCAUUGCUUUCACACAGAACCCUAGCACGGUCAUCGAGACCACCAGCUACUACGUGCAGCAGAUGUUCUCUGUAAACCGCGGAGACACUCUCCAUAGCGUGACCUCUGAUUCUGCUUUCGGACCUGUUUACUGGGUUGCCUCCAGUGCCGGAGACGAGUAUUACGUGAAGUUGGCCAACUAUGGAGCUGAUUCGCAGGAGAUCAGCGUGUCCAUCUCCGGGAAGACGGGUGGAAAAUUGACGGUUCUUGCAGACAGCGAUCCGAAGGCGUUCAACUCGGAUAGCCAGACUCUGGUGACGCCCAGUGAGUCAGAUGUGAAGGCGACGAAUGGCAAGUUUACUUUCAUGCUACCGGCUUGGUCGGUGGGAGUGCUUGCUGCUAAUUGA